AUGCCCAAUGUUGCAUAUGCGGUGCUUCAUUUCCUCUUGAGCAUCCUCAUCCCCUCCGCCAACCUACUGGUCAUCAGGGUCAUUUGGCAGCUGAGGACAAAGAAGCCAAGUAGAAACUAUAUCUUCAUCCUUAACUUGGCAGCUGCUGAUUUACUGGUCGGUGUGAUGUGCUUCGGGGAAGCGCUGGACGAUGUCACAGACAUAGCCUUGGACAGAAACCUCACCAUUUGUCUCUUGAAGAUCUGCAUGAGCAUCACCCCUUGCAUCGGCUCCAUACUGACCUUGCUCUUGGUUUCCCUGGACAGAUACUUGGCAGUGAAACUGCCUCUUUAUUACCCUACCCUCAUGAGGAAGAAGCCCAUCGUCUUCUCUCUUGUUGUCCUGUGGAGUGUUUCUUUACUGGUGGGCCUUAUGCCGCUUUUUUCCCCUUACCUGCAGCAGAGCAAUUUCACGGGUGAGUGCGGUCUCUUGUCUGCUGCCAAGAGCGCUUAUCUGUUCAUAAUCUGCUUUGGCAUCUUCAUCCCUGCUUUGUUGACCCUCCUGUAUUUGCACAUUUCAGUGGGAAGGAUUGCCUACCUGCAGCACAAGAGGAUCUGCCAUGCCUUCCUGCACAUGGACAACUCCUCCGUUCACCUUCGCCAUUUUAAAGCACUGAGGACAGUCCUCGUUGUGAUCGUUUGCUUCAUUCUCUUCUGGGGCCCUUACUAUAUGACAGCUAUCGUGAAAGCUACCUGCAGCUCCUGCAAUCUGAGUCCGCUGCUGAAGGAUUUAUUGUUCAUUCUGGGAGAAACCAAUUCCCUGAUCAAUCCUUUUAUCUACUCCCUAUACAGCAAAGAUAUAAGAACUCAGCUUUCCAAACUGAUGAAGUGCAAGACCAAAGGCCAAGUAAAACCAUGCAGGUCCAAUGACCUGGCUCUGAUCCAUUUCAACAUGAGGGCUCAAAGAGUCAUACAGUGA